AUGGAGAAACCCGAGGAAUCCCGCCCCGUGGAGAAAUCUUGGAAAUGUGGUGACUGUGGGAAAGGCUUCCAUGUCCUGUCUGUCCUGGAUGCUCAUCGGCGCAGUCACACUGGGUGUGGGAAGGCCUUCACCCAGGCCUUUUCCCUGCUGAGGCACCAGAGUGUCCACACAGGGGAGACGCCAUUCACUUGCCCAGAGUGCGGGAAGGGGUUCAGCGAUUCCUCUGCCCUGCUGACCCACCAGCGGGUCCACACUGGGGAGAGGCCUUUCAGCUGCCCUGAGUGUGGGAAGGCCUUCACCCAUGCCUCCAACCUGCUGACCCACCGGUGGGUCCACACCAGGGAGAGGCCCUUCAGUUGCCCCGAGUGUGGGAAGGCCUUCAGCAAUUUCUCCCACGUGGUGAUCCACCGGCGGGUCCACUCCGGGGAGAGGCCAUUCACUUGUCCUGAGUGCGGAAAAGCCUUCAGCAAUUCCUCUGACCUACUGAAGCACCAGCGGGUUCACACCGGCGAGCGGCCCUUCAGCUGCCCUGUGUGUGGGAAGGCCUUCACCCAGUCCUGCAACUUGCAGAGGCACCAGCGGGGGCACCAGUGCUCCCAACAAUCGGAUUCUGCCGGUGAGGCUGCUGUGGGUCACCCCCAGGACUGA